GCUCGAUGUCUUCGGCAUCGCCGGCCCUGAAGACCCCAAAUACAUCACGGUACCGUGCGGCGUGAAUAGCGCACACUGGUUUGCAUCCCGUUUGCGGUUUCCCUGUUGCACGUGUGUGCAGUUGGUGAGUUUCCUCGCGAUGGACCACCACUUGAACGCCUUUGAGAAAAACACGGCGCAGCUACAAACCAACACCGACACACGGCUCAGGUACGCCACCCACACCACCCCCGCUGACGUGAUAGCCCUCAUGUGUCCAUGUGUGUGUGUGUGUGUAUGUCAGGUAUGCGCAGCAGAAGUACAAGAUGCGUCUGGAGGAGCUGGGCGAGGCUGAGAGGGUUGAGGGGCAGCUCAAGCUGGUCGAGGGAGGGGGCAGCGAUGAGGAGAAGGAGGCUCUCAGCAGACUCAUAUGA